GGAAUUCAUUCAGGAGAGCGGCAAAGUACUGCGCAAAAUGCAAUAGAAAUCCAGCAUAAAAUAUAUCCGUAUCUAGAUAACUAACAUUCAGUGUUGCCUACGUGUUGCGCAAUAUAACUUUCUGUGACAACAGACCUGGUAUCAAAUAAUCCGAAGCGCAGUUAAACAUUCUUUGAAUAUAAUUGCGCGGAGCGUUUAGCUUUCAUCUGUGUGUAUUGGUUCCUAAUCUGAAUAGAAAACGAAAAUGAACAAGGAAUUUGAAAUGACAUGGAUUAUUGAAAAUUUCAACAUGUGUCAUCAUUCAACGGGAUUCAGUCUUCGAAGCCCGACUUUCGUGUUGAGUGCUUUGCCCGGAAUGAUGUGGUGCCUAGAUUUAUAUCCUCGGGGUGAAAAGAGUAAAGAGUACAUAGAUGUACUGAUUAUGAGAUGUGAUGAUCUUCCUCAAAAAUGUGAAAUAGAAUACUCACUUUGCACCAUGGAUAAAGAUGAAAACCCUAUACAAAAACAAAAAAAAGAGAAGCAUACAUUUGAAGCCGGAAAAGGGUGGGGAUGUAGUAGCUUUUUCGAAAGAAAACGAUAUCUUAACGACAAAGACAAUCUUGUUAUAAACUGUGAUUUACGUGUUCUUCAAGUGCGUGAUGAUAAUGACCAAAAGCACUUACGGUAUGAUUUUAUGCGUUUUCAUUUAAAUGAGUUAUUCACAGAUAUAACUUUACGUACCAGUGAUACAACUUUCAAAGUGCAUAAAUGUCUUUUGAGUAUACGAUGGCCAGCACUGGUUGAAAAACUAGAUAAAACGAAAGUUGGCGAAGAGUUUUUUGAUGUCGAAACAUCUGUAUUAGAAGCAAUAAUAAUUUACAUUUAUUCUGGGCUUCUAAUCUGCAAUAAUUCUCAAUUAAUCUCCGAAGUAUUUGCAGCUGCUGUAAAGUAUGAGCUCUCAAAUCUCAGAUGUAAUGUGUGCUUACCUGUUGUGAAUUUCAAAGCUCGGACACGCAUCAAUGCAGAAGAAACGCACUUUAUUUGGAAAAUUCCCAGCUUAAUCACGAUGUCCAAUAAUGCAUCCAUACACAGUGAUGUUUUUUCAGUAGAUUUACUGGAGUUUCAUGGCUGGAAAUUAAGUUUUCACUUGCUAUCACGUUCAUCUGAAAGUGCAUCUUUCGAUAUUUUCCUUUGUAAAGUGUAUGGUGACAAUCUGAAGCCUAUUUUUGUAAAAAGUAGAAUAUUGUGCAGUUCAUAUUUCGACAUUCAGAGUGAACAUCUGUUUCAUGCAGAUGUAGAAUGGAAAUGUGCUGAUGCGUGUGAUGACUUCGAUGACGAUCUACUUCUUGACUGUCACUUCACUUUUACAGAUGUGGGUGAGAUUUCGGAGAUUACAAGAAGGAGUUUUUUUAGAAUAUCGUCCAGCUCUGAAUCUAACCAGUCUUUCGAAACUUAUCAUCAGUGUGUCGAUUAUGUCAGUGAUGAUCUUCGCACACUUUAUAACACGGGAAAGCUGUCAGAUGUUCAAUUUGUGGCUGGUUCCGAAAUAUUUUGUGUUCACAAAGUUGUUCUCUCUGCAAGAUCACAGGUUUUCUCCAGAAUGUUCGAAAACGAAAUGGUUGAAACCAAAAGCAACACAAUUAACAUUCAAGACAUUGAACCUGCAGUUCUAAAAACAAUGCUUUAUUAUAUGUAUACCGCAGACUUGGAUCAACCGCUGAAGGAAUGUGCUUUUUCUUUGUAUGAAGCGGCGGAUAAAUACGGUAUUUAUAUUUUAAGGGCAAAAUGUGCUUCGUUUUUAAAAUCAAAUCUUACUGUAAAAAAUGUGUGUAAAGUUUUAUUGUUGGCAGACAUGCAUGACGAUAAAAAAUUGUGCAAGAAGGUGCAGGAUUUUAUAGCUGCUCAUGCGGUGGAGGUUUUCGCUACAGAUGAAUGGCCAAAUUUUGUGAAUAUGAGACCUAAAACAGCAGCAAAAGUUUUGCAGCAAAGUGUUGUUGUGCUAUGUAAUGAUUCUAAAAAGAAAUCGAAGAAAUAGUCCCGUAAAAUCAAGCAAUUAAUUUUAUGUUCAUACAUUUCACUUUGACAUCUUCCCUUACAUUUUGAUUCAGCUUUAAUUUACAAAGGAGAGAGUGAUAGUAUUUUUUUUUAAAUAAAUUGAGUAUUGAAUCGAAUCCACUCAAGGUAAAUGGUCAGUCUUAUUAUUAUUAUUAUUUUAUUAUUAGUUAGUAUCAUAAAAACAAGUGUACGCCUAAUGUGUUUGCUUUCCAGCAGCCUUUUAUAUUUUUAAUUAGUAAAAUCCAAUUUAGAGUCUAAUUGUAUCGUUUUUUACGUACAAUUUGCGUAUUUUGUUUAAAUCUUGACUAACGAACAAUCUAUUCGUAGCCUUUUAAUAAUUACUGAUAGUUUUUCGUUUGGAGUAAUCAAAUGAAAAACAUUUAUUCUGUAAAUUUCAAAUGCAUGUAUUUGAAAUUUACAGAGUCCAAAACAUGACAGUUUUAAAAAAUCGAUUCCGUAUAUUUUAUUGUAAUUUAAAAUAAAAUCUAGUGGAUUGUUUGUCAGAUUCCUAUAUUUCUUUAUUAUGUGUAUUCAUUUAUAUGUAUGUUCAUUUAUAUACAUUUCGCAAACACUGGAACAAUAUGUAGUGUAAAAUUCGAUUUUGCCACGUUAUCAAUUCUAUUUUAUUAUUUGCAUAAUUUUAAAUCCUUAAUUUAGCAGAUUGUUUAUUGGAAUCCUACAUUUUUUAAUUUUGUGUAUUUAACGUUUUGGCAAAGUAUUAAAAGUGCUUAUAAUGCUGUGAAUAAAUUCUGCUUAUUGUAUCUAAAUGUUUGUAAUUAACUGUGUAAUAUUUCAGCUGAACUGCAUAUGAUUUGUAAGUUGACUGCGUUCUUAAUAAAAUACGGUCGCCCAUGAGCA